AUGGCGCUUCAAGUCAACGACUACGUGCUCAAAGUGGACGUGAAAGGUCUGGAGGAAGGGAAGGAUUACUUCUACUGCUUCGCUGUGGGACCCUCCCGCUCUCCCAUUGGUCGGUUCCGCGUGCCAAGGGGAGCAGGAGCCAGGGUCGAUCGCCUGCGGUACGCCGUUAUGUCCUGCUCGAACUGGGGCUGGGGAUACUUCAACGUGUACGAGGCUGCCGCGAGGUACGACCUGGACUUCUGGAUGCAUGUUGGCGACUUUCUCUAUGAGAAUGGGCAGGAUGUGUAUCCCUCCCCUGCUCAGGCUGUUCGCUUCGCUCCUCCUCCCCUCGGCCUGCAGCCCCCGCAUGAGGCCAUCACUCUUGAGGACUACCGAGCGAGACAUGCUCUUUACAGGCAGGAUCCUGGUCUGCAGAGCCUGAGCGCGAGCGCAGCUCUCAUCGCGAUCUGGGAUGACCACGAGAUCGCAAACAACCCGUGGACCGGAGGAGCGCUGAACCACAACCCAGGGGAAGGCGAGUGGGAGGACAGGAAGGUAAAUGCUAUCAGAGCUUACCAUGAGUGGAUGCCGACAAGGGCCGAACCUCUCGCUCCUCCCGUCGGCCCCAAGUUCUUCCGCUCCUUCGUCUUCGGGGACCUCGCUCGCCUGCUGGUGCUCGAGACGAGGCUGGUGAACAGAACCAACGGGGAGGCCGAUCCCUUCCCCCUCGAAGACGACGACGGGGACGGGGAUCCCUCUAACGAGACGCCUUUCGGGUCACUUGCGGUGAGAGUCCGAGAGCUGCUGCAGGGCGUCGCUCCUCGGGACUGGGAGCAGACGCCUGGAGUGUUGGAGGGAGCGGAGAGGCUAAGGAAGGCCUUCACCAACUACUCGGAGGAUGAGAACAAGCUCCUGCUGGGAGAGGAGCAGCUGGCGUGGCUGCGGAGCAACGUGGAGGGGAUGCAGCAGGAGGGGACGAGGUGGUUGAUAGUAGGGCAGCAGCUCGUGAUGUUCGACAUGUUCCAGGACUUCGAUGCCGUGCUCGAUGGGUCUGCUGCUCCUGCUGGGAUGAGGCCGGAGCGGAGGAGGGAGCUGCGCGACCUGCUGCAGAACGUGACGGGCUGGGGAUGCACGAAUCGCGCUUCCUGUACGUCCCAACGGCGGACGUACAUGGGGGUAGACCCUACGGCGUACAAGGCAGAGGAGUUGGGGAAGGAGCAGGAGGUGACUGACGAGGACCGGGAGGUAGCAAGGCUCUUCUACGCGCUCUCCAAGUUUGAAAUCCCUUCCUCCUUCGACUCUUGGCAGGGGUAUGCUGUCGAACGUCAAAGGUGA